AUGGACGAGGACAAGAUCCGGGCCCCAGAUGGCGACUUGUCUUCGAUUGGCUUGACAAUCUAUACAUUUGCCUUGUUCGCGUUUGUCGCAAGAGUACUGGCGCUCAUCGGUACUCUAACAUCACAGGUCCUCUCGCAAUCCUCUGACAUGAUCCUCAUGACAGAGCUCGGAGGAUGGGCUCAGCCCAUUCGCUUAUUUGAGAUACAUGCUAUUUUUGCAGUAUUGCUUGUUUGGCUUCUCUACUUGUUUUCGGACCUGAAGCGAGCUGAGAUCGUGCAAUGGAGCUGGCCGACUCUUCUCGUGUGCAUCGCGGCAGCCCUCUGUCUCUUCGGGCCUGGCGUCACUGUCGGUAUGGGGUGGCUGGUACGAGAGCGGCUGCUUGCGACAAAGAGCCAUAAGGACGCUAUUGUUGAUACCGAGCUCAAAAAGCAGGCUUUGUAG